UGAUAGUCGUUCGGUAUCGUAAUUCGAGUUAAUACUGCUGAUUUGUUUUGGGUAGCACAUAUCGUAAUAUCGUGCUCGAACCAUGGUGUAUAUAUUACACCAGAGCCGCCACGAUGCUACAAUCAGAAUUUACCUUAGCGUAUUGGUGUUUCUUCUUUUCAAAAUACUUCCAGUUUACGCAGAAAACAUAUUUACCCAAGUGAUUAAAUACGACGUUGCACUCAAGUCACAUGCCGUUCACACACAGCCAGCUGGUACGUUACUUUCCUGUGGACUCAUGUGCAUGCAUGACCCGGCUUGCAAAUCAAUCAACUACAACACUGGAAUAUGUGAGCUCAAUGCUUCUAGGAAGGAUGAAAAUAUGUUAGAUCUCAUCGACACACCGGGAAACGUGUAUCUGGAAGUCGGGGUAGGAAGUGAUUUGAAAAUUGCUAGAUAUUGUGAUUAUGCUGACUGUUCGUAUUCAUCAAACUGUGCCACCAAAACACUUCGCCAUGGCGAACAAUUAGAAAUCAACUAUACAUGCCCAUGCGGGGAACAUGGUUGUCUGUUGCCGCCAGGCGACAAGACCGCAAACCUAUUUUGCUUUGAUGGCGUAUUGCAAACAUCGUUAACAUCAGACUGGAAGGAAAUGAUUGUACAAUUGGAUUGUUAUGAUACUAACACGCCAUGUGGAAUCAACUUCAAUGCCACAUUUCAACAGAUGAAAGUGAAAUAAAGUACAUCAACAACGGAUCUCUUCACUAAUAUCUCAUUUUGUAUGCAUCGUAUUAUCUUGUAGUUUACAAGAGAGACUACUGUCAACGCAAUGUCUUGGUUUUGUUUAGCACUUCAAUAUUUUAUUCAGUUAGUCAAAGCGCUGAAGUCGCCACGCAAGGCACGCG